CUAUAAGUUCCCUGCGCUCAGCCUUCCCCACAGCGGCUGCCAGUGGUCCACACCCGGAGGGUCCUGCCACCAGUCCCAGGAGACACUGCCACCCUGACCAUGGCCGAGGAUCUGAAUGUGGAGAAAUGGGACCUGGAGCUGGAGGCCAAUGGCCGUGACCACCACACGGCAGACCUGUGCCGGGAGAGGCUGGUGAUACGGAGGGGCCAGUACUUUCGGCUAACGCUGCAUUUUCAGGGCAGAAGCUAUGAGGCCAGUGUGGACCGCCUCACCUUCAGUGUCUCAACUGGCCCAGCCCCCAGCCAGGAGGCCGGGACCAAGGCCCGCUUCCCGCUGUCCGAUGCCGUGGAGGAGGGUGCCUGGACGGCCUCAGUGUUAGACCAGCAGGACAGUGAACUCUCGCUGCAGCUCAUUGCCCCAGCUCACGCCCCCAUCGGCCUAUACCGCCUCAGCAUGGAGGCCUCCACCGGCUACCAGGGCUCCAGCUUCAUGCUGGGCAACUUCACCCUGCUCUUCAACCCCUGGUGCCCAGCGGAUGCUGUGUACCUGGACUCCGAGGAAGAGCGGCAGGAGUACGUCCUCGCCCAGCAGGGCUUCAUCUACCAGGGUUCGGCCAAGUACAUCCAUGGUAUCCCUUGGAACUUUGGGCAGUUUGAAGACGAGAUCCUGGACACCUGCCUGAAGCUCCUGGACGUCAACCCCAAGUACCUGAAGAACAGUGGCCGCGACUGCUCCCGCCGCAGCAGCCCCGUCUAUGUGGGCCGGGUGGUGAGCGCCAUGGUCAACUGCAAUGACGACCAGGGUGUGUUGCUGGGACGCUGGGACAACAACUACGCGGACGGCGUCAGCCCCAUGUUCUGGAUCGGCAGUGUGGACAUCCUGCGGCGCUGGAAGAACUACGGCUUCCAGAAGGUCAAGUACGGCCAGUGCUGGGUCUUCGCUGCUGUGGCCUGCACAGUGCUGCGGUGCCUGGGGAUCCCCACCCGAGUCGUGACCAACUACAACUCGGCCCAUGACUCGAACAGCAACCUGCUCAUCGAGUACUUCCGCAACGAGUUUGGGGAAUUCGAGAGGAACAAGAGCGAGAUGAUCUGGAACUUCCACUGCUGGGUGGAGUCGUGGAUGACCAGGCCCGACCUGCAGCCGGGCUAUGAGGGGUGGCAGGCCCUCGACCCCACGCCCCAGGAGAAGAGUGAAGGGACAUACUGCUGUGGCCCGGUUCCAGUUCGUGCCAUCAAGGAAGGCGACCUGAGCCCCAAGUACGACGCCCCUUUUGUCUUUGCCGAGGUCAAUGCCGAUGUGGUGGAAUGGAUCCGGCAGGAGGAUGGGUCCAUGCACAAGUCCAUCAACAACUCCAUGAUGGUGGGGCUGAAGAUCAGCACGAAGAGUGUGGGCCGUGACCAGCGGGAGGACAUCACCCACAACUAUAAGUACCCAGAGGGGUCCCCAGAGGAGAGGGAGGCCUUCAGGAAGGCCAACAACCUGAACAAGCUGGAAGCUAAAGAGGAGACGGGGGUGGCCAUGCGGAUCCGCGUGGCCCGAAGCAUGAAAAUGGGCAGCGACUUCGACGUCUUUGCCCACAUCACCAACAACACUGCAGAGAGCCACGCCUGCCGCCUCCUGCUCUGCGCUCGCCCUGUCAGCUCCAACGGGACGCUGGGGCCGGUGUGCAGCUCCAAGAACCUGCUCGACCUUUCCCUGGAGCCCGAUUCCGAGAAAAGCAUCUCCCUUCCAAUCCUCUAUGAGGAGUACUGUGGCUACCUGACGGAGUCGAACCUCAUCAAGGUGCGGGGCCUCCUCAUCGAGCCAGCUGCCGACACCUACCUGCUGGCCGAGAGGGACAUCUAUCUGGAGAAUCCAGAAAUCAAGAUCCGGAUCCUGGGGGAGCCCAAGAAGAACCGCAAGCUGGUGGCCGAGGUGUCCCUGCAGAACCCGCUCACCGAGCCCCUGGAGGGCUGCACCGUCACUGUGGAGGGGGCUGGCCUGACCGAGACACAGAAGACCGUGGACAUCCCAGACCCCGUGGAGGCAGGGCAGGAAGUCAAGGUCAGAGUGGACCUGCUGCCUGUCCAAGUGGGCCUCCACAAGCUGGUGGUCAACUUCGACAGCAACAAGCUGAAAGCCGUGAAGGGCUACCGGAACGUCAUCAUUGGCCCUCCCUAAGGGGCUCCCGUGCCCAGCUCCAUCUCAGCCAGCCCACAGCCCCCAACUUGAUCCCCAAUCUUUAUCCCAAGCUAAUGAGGAAAAUGGGCCCCAGACCCACCUUGUCCCCUGAGCCUGGUUCCCACCCCCUUACCCAUGAGCGAUGUUCUGUGCCUCCACAGUGGGGUUGACUGGGCUUGGGGUGGAGAAAAAGAGAUCCAUGCCUCCCCCUCCAGCCCAGAUGCCAUUUGGAAAGCAACUGACCACCCACCACACUGUCUGAUCUAUACCGCAGUCCCUUGGAGCAAAAAUGAGACUAUGAGAUAGUCUCCAGAGUUGGCUGGAUCAAGGAACUCCACACCCUAGUGUGUCCUGUGCCCCUUCCCCAGACUGUGCCCAGGCCCCAGAGGUCCUUGGGGAAGCCAGCACAGGUGGGGAUGGGGAGGGUCCCAGGUUCAGGACAGGCUUGAGCUCCUCCCACAUCCCAGAAGCUCUGGCCCACAGCUCCCCCACCCUCCUCACGAUUGUGAAGCCCCUACGUGCAGGUGCCUCCUGUACUAGCUGGUACUCUCGUGGCUGCCAACCCGUUUAAUCACCACGGAAAACUGCAGAAUGGGAGCUGAUUUCUCAAGGAGGAGACCGGGCCUCGGAGAAGGGAGGUGGCCCGUGUGCACAGGCGGGCUUGUGGGUAUUCCAAAGGCUGGGUAAUGUGAAGGCCUGGGGAUGGAGCACAGGCCUCUGACUCCGAGUCCAGCGCCCUGUCCUUGCCACCAGCCCUGACCUGUGAGUGUCAGAGAGGCCAUCUGGGACCUGAUCCAAAAGGACCCAGGUGGGGUGAGGAAGUGGGAAAGGAUUGGGAGCGGUCAGAGCCCCAGGUGCGGCCAGCCGCUGCCUUCCCCUCUCUGGGCCUUGCUGUCCUCACCUCCGAGGCCCUCUCAGCUCUCCUGAUGCCAUGUAUGACCCAGCAAGUCCUACUCCCUGGCUGCACAGAGCUUAGGCCACGUGCCCGGGUGUUUCUAAGAGUGAAACCAUGACCAGGACCACCGCUCUGCCCCAGCCUAUCCAGGCCCCACACCUGUGCCCAGGCACCUUCCAUCAGACCCCAGUCCCAAGGGAAAAGAGCCCCAGAGGCCCCUGUCCUACCCAUGAGCCUGCCCACCGCAAUGUCUAGACUUCACAAGAGCCUUAGCUGCCUGUGCUGCUCACUAACCGAGAGGGUCCGCACUCAGCCGCCCCCUCUUUGCAGGACCGGGGCCCUGGAACACAGCUCAGAGAGCUAUGAGCUGUCAUCUCUGGCUUAAUCCCCCACACUCCCCAUGUGACUAAGGUCUCCCUAGGGCUGGAGGAGGGAAAAGGGAGCAUUCUCCGUCUGGAGUGGGGUCCCAGCCAAACAGGGUCCCCCAAAGCCCAGCCAGGGCCUCGGGGAGAGUCACGCUGAUGCACUUAGAACUGGCUGCUUCGCACAGGGGAAGAGUCACAAAAUGAGCCGACACAUCUGUUUUAUAUACUGCUCUGUUUCUCUAUGGUUUUAUACACGCUUUGGGGUUCCAAUCAGGCAGUAGAUAUGCUUUUGAGCCACAGGGAGCGAGCACUGAAAUAAAAGAGUUUAUUUUGCACAUUCAAA